AUGAGCUUGGAAGCGUUCCUCGCUUUGCCUGAAGUGGAGGGGCGCUGCGAGCUCAUCGAUGGGGUUGUGUAUAUGGCCGCCUUUCCUGUUCCGGAUCACGAAAUUCUAGUUGCGUUGCUGACCACCUAUCUGUCUCAGAGCGUAAUGUUGCCCGGCACGGGCAUUGUCAUGGGAACUGCCGGAGUGGUGGUCUCGGACAGCAGCGCCUUGGGGCCGGACAUCAUCGUCGUACGGGCGGAACGCGCCGGCGUCAUUGGCCCAACCGUCAUCACUGGGGCCCCUGACAUAGUAGUGGAAGCGCUGUCUUCUAAUCGCAACCGGGACUUGGUGUACAAGCGUACCUUGUACGCGGCGGCCGGCGUCGCAGAGUAUUGGAUCCUCGAUGGCGGCGCGAACACACUCACGGUUCUGGAACUGGGCGACGAGGGUGUUUACCACGAGCGGGCUGCCCUCACGGCCGGCGACACCCUUACCACGCCGCUGUUCCCGGAGUUCAGCCUGCCCCUGGCGCAGGUGUUCAACCAUCCGGCUCGGAUCACCCGAGAGGAAUAG